AUGGUUUUGUUGAUUCCGUCGGCGGUAGGUAAGAUGGAUCUCAUUUUUGCAGAGUCCUGUCCUGUGCUUGUCGUCGACGAGAUGGCCUCCCUCCCCAUCCCGGAGCUGCACCAGCUGCUAGUGUCACGUGUGCCGCUGAUCCUGAAGGUCUUCAAGGAGCUGGGCGCGGAUUCGGCCGAGGUCUGCCGUCACGCAACGCUCCCCGAAGGCAUCGCCGAGCGGGAGUUCGUAAAGCUGUCCCUGCAGGUUGACUAUGACAAGCUAGGGGCGGGGUCCUGGGGCAAGAAAGCCGUGAGAGUGGAAGUUUUGUGGUGUUUGAAAAGCUUGGCCCUGGAGGAAGAUCCAGGACUCACCCGGAGCACUCUUCUUCACUUUGCUUUCUGGCCAGAGGCCGUCCGCUACAAGCCCGGAGAUCCCGUCGAAUCCUGGCUCGACUCCCUGCUCUUCCUGGACGUCGUGGGAGACAUGCCGCAGCCGCCAAGCGACCCCAAGGAUUACGGCAGUCUCAGGGCCGCCCGGUUCGUGGAGGUCGACGCUGCGAGGAGCACCGACCCUCUCGUCAUGGGCCUCUUGCGCGGGCACUAUCGGACAUCCCCGAACGACCUCACCAGGCUCGUCACCGACCCCCACAUUCGGACCUUCGCAUUGGUCGCCAAAGAGAACCAGGGCCCUCCCGCAGUGGUGGUGGUGGCCAUCGAGGAGACGCCAGAGCGAUUGGGCCAGUCCGGUGCCAAAGUGCACCAGACGCACUUGCUCGCCAACGGCCCAAGCCUGAGCAUGCGCGUGGAGAAAGAGUACCCCUUCUUGGCCUUGGCACGCCUGCGCGGUUUGCGGCCUUGGCGAGUGGUGGCGGCACCCGCUGCCCGGGGCCAGGGCUUCGGGCAGCGUGCCAUCGAACUUCUGGCAGACUGGGCCAAAGGGACCGGCAGCGACGGUUCCGGUGAACCCCGAUUCGACUGGUUGGGGGUGUCCUUCGGCUUGACCGCGCAGCUGUUCCGCUUCUGGUCGCGGGCGGGCUACCGGCCCGUGGUCAUGUCCAACACGCCCAACGACCAGACGGGAGAGAUGUCGAUGAAGAUGCUGCUGCCAAUUAGUGCCGCCCUGGCGCGCGCGGUGCCCUCGGUGUUGCCUCUGUUUGGCACCUCCUUCUUUCGUCGGCUGCCCACUUGUUUUCGCGACUUGGACACGCAGCUCGUGCUCGACAUCUUGACGGAGAGUGGUCCCGCCGGUGACGCCUGGCACCCGCCCGCACUGGAGGCGGCACGCCUGGAAAAGUUUGCUGCCGCCCGCAAGCCCGUGGAGGAAGCGGCCAGGAUCUAUGACAUCUUUCCCCGACUGGCCUCGGCCUAUUUCGUUGGCGGGCUCAAGGCGCUCGAUCUGUCAGGACACAGGGCGGAAGUGCAACCCCCAGGAAGCGUGAGCCCCACCCUCAAGGAGCUGUCACUUCACAUCGGGGCAGUUGAUGUCGAGUGCCUGCUGACGGUUGCCCCGAGGGAGCAGGUUCUGCUCGAGCGCAGCCAGGCGCACCAUGCGGCCCAGGCUUGGCUCCCUUCGCUCGUGGAGCUCUGGGAUGGCAAGGAGGUUUGCAUGGAGCUCCCCGAACCUUCUGAGGCUGUGGGUGGAGACCCGACGCUCGUGGAGCUGGCCAACUACGCCAUCCAUGACCUCAACGUGCAAGAGCCCCAUUUCAGCCUGCUGAUGAGCGGGGAAAAGCGAAUCGAGCUUCGCUUGGCUAAGCGGCGUUUUUGCUGUGUUGAGCCGGGGGCCUACUUCCGUGUUCAGAAGGCCUCGCCGCCGCAGCAGGCGUUGUUUCGUAUCCUGCGCGCCGACCGCUACGACAGUGUCGCCGAGGCACUGCGCUGCGAGGGCGUCGGCUGCGUGCUGCCCGGUGUGACCUCUGCGGAUGCAGGCCUGGCCGCCUUCGCGCAGCUUUACGGUCCCCAAGGGCUUGGCGAGGGAGUCAUCGCUUUUGAGCUGGAACUCGCGAAGAAGGAGGCUCCGCAGAGGCCGACCUCCCCGCCGAUCUUGCCCCAGCGAGCCGCGGCGCGCUCCGAGCAGUCCCUCUCGAUCACUGCUAGGUGGCAGUAUCCUUGCCCGGCCAAGGCCAGGUAA